UGAAGAGUAAUAGAGUAAAUUUGAAUAAAAAAAUAAAAAAAUAGCAAUGAUAUCGAUGCAGGCAGGAGUGAGAAGGAAGACCGAGAGACAACAACGGCACAAACCACACUCUCGCUGUGCGUGUGGCGGGAAGAGUCCCUCGGUGUCUGUUCCUGAGGUUUUGAUACAAAACACAUAAACCACACAUUCAUUCUUCACCUCAAUCAACAAACUCAAUAAUGUACAAGCUAGCUACUACUCGAAACGUCGUCGUUUUCUUCCCUUGCUUUCGUUCCCUUUCUCUUUUCCGGAAUUUUCAUUCUCCUCCUUCUUCCUUCAUUCCCUCUCGUUUCCUCAGAACAAAUGGACGUGUACAGAAGAUAUCAUGUUUUAAAGACCGGAAAGUUUCAAGGGGGAGUGGUAAAGUGACCAAGAAGCUCAGAGUAUCAGAUAAUGUUUUAGACGAAAAAGAACUUUCUCACAUAUUGUGGUGGAAGGAGGAGUUGCAGACGUGCAAAAAACCCUCAACAAUGAAUCUAAUUGAAAGGCUUGAAUACUCAAAUUUGCUUGGCUUAGAUUCUAACUUGAAGAAUGGAACUCUGAAGGCAGGAACACUUAACUGUGACAUAUUGCAGUUCAAGUCGCAAUUUCCACGUCAAGUUUUACUCUGCAGGGUUGGAGACUUCUAUGAAGCUCUUGGGAUAGACGCUUGUAUCCUUGUUGAAUAUGCGGGUUUAAAUCCCUUUGGUGGUCUACGAUCAGAUAGCAUCCCCAAAGCUGGUUGCCCUGUUGUGAAUCUUAGGCAAACUUUGGAUGAUCUGACACGCAAUGGUUAUUCAGUGUGCAUUGUGGAGGAAGUUCAAGGCCCAGCUCAAGCUCGAUCCAAGAAACGUCGUUUUAUAUCUGGGCAUGCUCAUCCAGGAAGCCCCUAUGUAUAUGGACUUGUUGGGGCUGAUCAUGAUAUUGACUUUCCAGAGCCUAUGCCUGUAGUAGGAAUUUCUCAUUCGGCCAGGGGGUACUGCAUAAGUAUGGUCGUAGAGACCAUGAAGACAUAUUCUACAGAAGAUUGCUUGACAGAAGAAGCAGUUGUUACAAAGCUUCGAACUUGUCAAUAUCAUCACUUAUUUCUGCAUACAUCUUUGAGGAGGAAUUCUUGUGGAACGUCCAAGUGGGCAGAAUUUGGUGAAGGGGGCCUGUUGUGGGGAGAAUGUAGUUCCAGACAUUCUGAAUGGUUCGAUGGCAACCCUGUUUCUGAUCUUUUGGUCAAGGUAAAGGAGCUCUAUGGUCUUGAUCAUGAGGUUCUGUUUCGUAACGUAACCGUGUCUUCGGGAAAUAGGGCUCAACCUUUAACUCUUGGAACAUCUACUCAAAUUGGUGUCAUUCCGACGGAUGGAAUACCUUCUUUGUUGAAGGUCUUACUUCCACCACAUUGCAGUGGAUUACCAAUAUUGUAUGUUAGGGAUCUUCUUUUGAACCCUCCUUCUUAUGAGAUUGCAUCCAAAAUUCAAGCAACAUGUAGACUUAUGAGCAGUGUAACAUGCUCAAUUCCGGAAUUUACGUGUGUUUCUUCAGCAAAGAUUGCUAAGCUACUUGAAUGGAAGGAGGCCAAUCAUAUUGAACUUUGUAGAAUAAAGAAUGUGCUAGAUGAAAUAUUACACAUGUACAGAAAAUCUGAGCUCAAUGAAAUAUUGAAACAUUUAAUUGGUCCCACAUGGGUGGCUACUGGGUUAGACAUUGACUUCAAAACCUUGGUUGCUGGAUGUGAAGUCGCAUCGCGUAAGAUUGACGAAGUAAUAUCUCUGGAUGGUGAGACAGAUCAGAAAGUCAGUUCCUUCUCUGCUAUUCCUGAUGAAUUUUUUGAGGAUAUGGAGUCUGUAUGGAAAGGUCGAAUAAAAACAACCAACAUAAAUGAUGUACUUACUUCCGUGGACAAAGCAGCUGAGGACUUGAAUUUAGCAGUCACUGAAGAUUUCGCUCCUGUAGUUUCUAGAAUAAAAGCUUCCAUGUCUCAACUUAGAGCUCCUAAGGGAGAAAUAUCUUAUUCCCGGGAACAGGAAGCUGUGUGGUUCAAGGGUAAAUGCUUUAUACCAAAUAUAUGGACUGGUACCCCUGGAGAGGAACAAAUUAAACAUCUUAAACAUGCUUUAGAUUCUAAAGGUAGAAAGGUAGGUGAGGAAUGGUUUACCACUACGAAGGUGGAGGCCGCCUUAGCAAGGUACCAUGAAGCAAAUGUCAAGGCAAAUACUAGAGUUUUGGAACUUUUAAGGGGACUUGCUGCUGAAUUGCAAUCCCAUAUUAACAUCAUUGUUUUUUCUUCCACAUUGCUUGUGAUUACCAAAGCGUUAUAUGCUCAUGUGAGUGAAGGGAGAAGAAGGAAAUGGGUUUUUCCUACAAUAGUAGAAUCCCAGAAGCUUGAGGAUGGGAUGCCAUCCGAUAAAAAUCGCAAGAUGAAGAUAGUUGGUUUAUUACCAUAUUGGUUCAACAUAGCAGAAGGAGGCGCUGUGCUUAAUACUGUUGAUAUGCAGUCAUUAUUUCUAUUGACAGGACCAAAUGGUGGUGGUAAAUCAAGUUUACUUAGGUCAAUUUGUGCUGCUGCACUACUUGGGAUAUGUGGACUUAUGGUUCCUGCUGAAUCCGCCGUGAUUCCCUAUUUUGACUCUAUCAUGCUUCAUAUGAAGUCAUAUGAUAGUCCAGCUGAUCACAAAAGUUCAUUUCAGGUGGAAAUGUCCGAACUUCGAUCCAUCAUUGCUGGAACCACCAAAAGGAGCCUUGUGCUUGUUGAUGAAAUAUGCCGAGGAACAGAGACUGCAAAAGGGACUUGCAUUGCAGGCAGCAUCAUUGAAACUCUUGAUAGAAGUGGCUGUUUGGGGAUUGUGUCUACUCACUUGCACGAUAUAUUUACCUUGCCACUGAACAUCACGAACACUGUACACAAAGCAAUGGGCACAACUUGCAUUGAUGGACAAACAAAACCUACUUGGAUGUUGACAGAUGGAGUUUGUAAAGAAAGUCUUGCUUUUGAAACUGCCAAGAGGGAAGGAAUUCCUGAGAUUAUUAUCCAAAGAGCUGAAGAUCUUUAUCUGUCAGUUUAUGCUAAGAAAACGCUUUCUGCAGAAAACUAUGCAAAACAGGAAGAAUUGUCUAGUUAUAUCAAUGGUAAUAAUUCUAAUGGGACACAUCAUUCCGAAAAGUUUUUAUCAAGAAUUUCUCAGGAGGGAAUCUCUUUAGCUAAUCCAAUUGAAGUUUCACAUAAGGAGGUUGAGAGUGCUAUCACUGUAAUCUGCCAAGAUUUUAUAGCGGAACUGCGAAGGAAAAAGAUCACAUCAGAACUUAUCAAGAUAAAGUGUUUCUUAAUUGGCACUAGGGAAUGGCCACCUCCGAUGACUAUAGGCUCUUCAAGUGUCUACGUGAUGCUCAGACCAGAUAAGAAACUCUACGUAGGAGAGACGGAUAAUCUCGAGGAUCGAGUUCGUGCACAUCGAUCGAAAGAAGGGAUGCAGGAUGCAUCAUUCCUUUAUUUCCUAGUUCCGGGGAAAAGCCUGGCCUGCCAAAUAGAAACUCUGCUAAUCAACCAGCUUCCGAAUCGAGGCUUCCUGUUAAGCAAUAUAGCUGAUGGUAAGCAUCGGAAUUUCGGAACAUCCAACGUUUACGUGUAACUACAUAUGAUAAACAUCAACAAUCUUUUGCUGAGAAUAUUAUUUUGGCCGGUGUAUACAGCUAAUGACUUUAAUCAUCUUUUAAGUUUUACUGAUGAAAUUUAGGAAGCAAUGUCUGCAGCAUUUUUGUUAGAAUUAGUUGCUGCAGCUGCGAUUAUGUUCACAUCGGCAAAUGUAGAAAUUAUUGUAUGUUGUAUUGGAUUGUAAGUACAUAUUAGUUGGUAUUCUAUUCCUUCAAGGUUGUCUUUAAUGGACUUCCCUCCCGAUCCAACAUACUAAAACAGGUAUAUUCAUUAAUGCAGCUUGUUAGCACCACAGAUCAUUCUUGGUAAAAAUGUUCAGUUUGUAUGGUUCUUUGAA